AUAAAUGCGCGCAUAUACGUGAAACGGAACACAUUCUUUCUCGCAAAGUAUAACAGGACAUGGUCGAAUUAUUGGUUGCGUUCAGAAAACAAAGCGCUCAUUGGAGCGCUUAAUAACUAUUGGUCCUUACUGUUAGAUCCUUACAUUCAGACCAAUAACGUUGACGAAUUACUCAACCGUUGUGUAACCGUUGUGUUUUCUGAACGCAGCCACUUAUAAGUCUGACAACAACACACCUUGGAUUUCGCUCAGACUCAGGUGAACUCAGGACACAUUUUACUCAUAGAGAGAAGAUGGACAUUGCCAGUCCUACUCCUCAAGAUCUGCAGAGAAAGCUGUAUUUCCUCGUGGAACAGCUACAGCAUAUGGCCGGGGAACUUCCACCAAAGUAUCAAAUGCGUUUACCGUACGAAUUGUUAUCCGGUUUGGCCAAUUCAUUAUUAAACGAUACCAUUUUCGAGAUAGUAAAAGGAUUGAUGGAGAUUCAGCACGUUACCGAGAAGCAUCUCUUUCAACAGCGGUUGCAGCUUUUGAAUCAGCAGAAAAUUGAAUCACAGGAAGCAUUGUCUACAGCAACAACGGAUGAGGAAAUAACGUCUGUAAAAGCGACGUUGUAUAAAAAACAUAAGGAAGAAUUGAAGCAAACCGACAUGAAAUUGGUACUGCAACUGGAUCAGAAAGUUUCGGACCAGCAAAGCAUAUUGGAAAAAGCAGGAGUACCUGGAUUUUAUGUCACUACUAAUCCAAUGGAGAUUCAGGUGCAGAUGCGACUGUGUGACUUUAUAAUCAGGCUCAGUAAAAUGGAUGUACCAAGCUGACAUAGAAGUACAGCUAUUAUUUUUUAGUCAGUGUUAUUCCGCUAUUUUUAUAUCAUAUACAUACAUUUGUAUUUCAUGUUGUUCUCUCUAAGCUAUAUUGAUCAAUGUAAAAAAAGAUGCAAUAUCUUUAUUAUCCCU